GGGUUUUGCAAUUGCGCAAAAGUGUCGGAAUCCCAAAUGUCCAGGUAUGGCGUUAGGUGUACGCAGUUCGUAGACUCCUAGAUUGCGACGAUCGGCGAGCUACCCCGUCUUUUUUUAUCCUCAGGAAUUGGCUUCCGUACAGUGGACCGGAGCACAGUGGCUUAGGAGAUGUGCCAAGGCCACUCAAAGCAAGCGUGCAACUCCUCACAGCAAGGCAGCGACCCAUCACCCUUCUCAUCCCUUGCAAAGACUCCGUUUGGAGCCCGAUGCGAUCGCUUUCUCGACGGCCGAUGGCAGCAUAGCAAUCAGCCAAGUGCGCAAGUUGCAUGACAACCCACUCCCGGCCCCGUUCAACAUGCUGGCCAGCGUAGCCGUUCAGCCUUCAGGGAGGGCAUGGCGCCUUCUAUUGCUGGCCAGUGUAUUGCUGCCCGCAAUCGUUAUAUAUACCGUAUGGUAUGGCAUGAAUUCUGACAAGGACGAUAUACCAGCCAUCCUUACCCAACUCAUACCCGCGGGACACGCCACAUGUCAGCAAGCCACCCUGUUUCAGUGCCAGUCUUGUCUGGAGCAACAAUAUGCGGUCAACGAAAGCGACCACUCAACCUGGAAUUAUCAGUAUUGGCGAGAUUCUCGAGACGACGGACUGAGUGAGCAACAGUGCAAUGCAGCCUUUCCUGGCCUCUACGAAGACAUUCUCCAGGGUACACAGUACUGGCAGCAGAAACGCCAGACGAAAAUCACAGCUGCGAUGCUUGAUCAUAUCGACAUGAAGAAUGGAAUGACGAGAGCGAUGAUCUAUGAAGGCGACUUGUACGUCCUUCAGACCAAGUCCACCGGCGAGGAUCACCGAAGAAAAGUUGUUGCUAUCCUGAGUUCAUUACACCGAGCAGUAGCUGGGAUUGCCGACCGCAGAAGUCUACCAAAUGUCGAAUUCAUCUUUUCGGUCGAGGACAAGGCCUCCGAUGUGACAGGUCGCCGGACUGAACCACUUUGGGUCGUUGCGCGAAAAGCCCACGAGCAGUCCUUCUUCCUCGUGCCCGAUUUUGGCUUCUGGGCUUGGGACAACAUCAUCAAGGGGAAGAACAAUGAGGUCGGUCCAUAUGACGAGGUCAUCCGAAAGGCGGUCGUUAUCGAAGAAGGAAUGAACUUCGUCGAUAAGAACCCUCAGCUUGUAUGGCGCGGCAAAUUGAGCUUCACACCCAAGUUAAGGCGGGGACUUCUGGAUGCCGCACGAGGAAAGGAAUGGAGCGAUGUCAAGGAGAUUAACUGGGACGUCAAGCAGAACUUCCUAUCGCUUGAUGAGCACUGCAAGUACAUGUUCAUCGCACAUGUCGAAGGCCGCUCUUACUCAGCUUCAUUGAAGUAUCGACAGGCAUGUCGAUCGGUCAUUGUUGCUCACAAGUUACAGUACAUCCAACACUUUCACUAUCUCCUCGUUGCCGAUGGUCCGCAGCAAAACUUCGUUCAGGUCGAGCGCGAUUUCUCGGAUCUGGCGCCAAAGAUUGAGGAACUCAUCGCCAACCCACUCAAGGCGAAAGAGAUUGCAGACAACAGCGUUCGCACUUUUCGAGAGCGAUACCUGACACCCGCUGCCGAAGCUUGCUACUGGCGCGCGCUGGUUCGUGCGUACGGUACUGUCAGUGAAGAGGCGAAUAUAUGGCAAGAUCCCGGUACAGGGAAAGUAAAACGUGGUUUGAGGUACGAGACAUUCCUUCUGCUCUCCAGCGAGGAGAUGUUAGAUUUCGCUGCAGUCGAGCAAUGAGGAGAAUGGCAUAUCGGAGAAAUUUCCAAGGAUCGCAUCCGGCGCAAAGUCGUGCAUACGGCAUCUAAUUUAUUGCGAUCACUAAUCAUACCAGUCGUUGAGCGCGGCAUCGCUUGCGAGAGUCGCACAAAUACAACCGGAGAAGACACUCUUUCUGUACAGUGCGUCGAAACAAGUCGGUAGCAGGGAAGCCUGGGCACGAAAGCAGUUGCAGCGUGCAAGGCGGCGCAGUCGAAAGCUCCAGCAGAGCAGAAAGAACCGCGAGGCACCAGC